AUGGAGACUCCACUGUCGCCUCGAGUGUCUUCGAUUACAAAUCACGAUCGCACUGAAUACUCGCCCAUUGUGGCAAAAGAAAACUUCAGUUUGAUAGGGGGACCAGGCACUGGCAAUGAUUUUCUUGAUAACCAAGGAAAAGAGAAUGAAUGCACAGGAUCUGUCGACGAAGACUUCGAAGAGGAUGAACAACAAGUCCGAAGUCGAAAAGCUCAAACAAUCAACAACGUUCAUGGCAAACGUACAGGACAUAAUUCAAAUAAAAAGAAAUCUCUCCGUAAACGCCGUGUAACAGCUAAUCUGUCUGCGACAAAAUACGAUAUUGGUGAGGGAACUAGACACUUUGCUGUUGAGAAGCAAACUAGAUUUUAUCAUGAAUUGAAUGCAUGGGCGCCAGAUUGCUGCGAUUACCAAGGAGACAUGAUUACCAAAAUAACGGUUCAUUUACAGCGCGUAACGAAGGUUUACGUUUGAUAAGAUUUGAAGUGAAUGUUUUUAAAUUGAUUCUUAUUACUAAAGUAUUGGUUUGAUAUGUUACUGGGUCAUCAAGUGAAUAAAAUAAAGACAGUGGUGGUGAUGAUGAUGAUGAUGAUGAUGAUUAUCAUCAUCAUCAUCAUCAUCAUUAUUAUUUUAACGCCAAGGAUGUAUAGAGAUAAAAAGGAACGUAUGAUCAGUGCAGGCAACCAAAGUCACCUCAAACUGUCAAGUAUGUACAUGUAUGUCACUGUGCUGUGACAAUGGGAGAGAGAUCAGAAAAGUCAAUUACCCCCAGAAAUAAUAUUUUUGUCAUCUUUUUCUUACUGGUAUCAGGGUGAUCUUCCUAAAAUAUUUAAUUUUUUUUGCAGUGCGUAAAGUGUGCCUACAAAGUGGAAUGUACAUCACCAGAGAUGAUGACUUUAACUGGUAUAGUUAAGACCAAUUUUUUUAUCGCACUAAAUAAAAAAAAAGUGUGAUCAUGAUGACUGACUGGCAAUUUAACCAUCAUACACUUUUACUCCCUGGGGAAGGAAUGUUGCAGGUUGCAGAAAUUUAAGCCACAUAAAUUAUAUAACUUUACACACUUUGAUCAAACUUACAUUGCUUUUGUACAGUAUGUGGAAUGUUGUCUUUUAACACAUUCCAGAAUUUAUCAAAGUUGAAUUAGUCAAGACAUAAUAAAUACCACCAAGUUCCUGUACUCAUUUGGAUUUUAAUUUGCCCCACAGAGUGAAUAAACAAUAAUUAUGGCUGUUAUAUAGCUCUAUGUUUUGAAACUUUGAAAUGAGUGUGACUUCUGCAAAUAUUGUCAUUGCAAAAAGAAAUCGUUCUUUUGCAGUUUUCUGAUAUGGAGUGACUCAGCUGUUCCAGUAGAGAGAAUAAGUGAGCUAAAAUCCUUUCAGGUACAGAAUGUGAACAAUGUACUGAUCUAACGUCAACUAUUGCAACUAAAGAUUAUACUAUUUGGUAAUCGUCAGUAGAAUUGAGUAUCAUUACUAUAAUAGAAACAAUGUUUUAGUCUAUGUUGUAAUCCAUUUUCAAUGAUUUUCAACUCUAAAAAGUUACAAAAUUGAAUUAUGCUCUAUCUUUUAUUUUUCUACUUGAAGAAAAUUAACCAUUUUCCAAGUAUGGGAGAGAUAUGUAGAAAAGACAAUCUUGCUCGAAAUAUGGCCAAGUAAGUGACUUCUACACUGUAUGUUGAAUAAUUAGUGGAACAAAGGAAAUUGAGAAUCAAUCUAGGCGAAAACAUUUAAACCUAAACUAAUAAUAUUGACUUGCAACUAUUAAUCAACAAUAAAUAAGAUAAAUCCAAAACACCCGGCUAAGCCCCAUUCGUUACAAGACUUUUAGCUACUGUAAAGCUUAACAAUUUGGACAAAAAUGUGAUCUUCUCUGGGAAAACAUACAAUAUUAUUGUUUGGGUUUGUCACUGCAUAUCAAUCUUUUGUCAUGUCUUCUUCACAUUAUGCUUGAAAUGAUAACUUAAAAUGCCUUUCAAGUCUUUCAAUCAAAACAAACUACAUCAGUUUGCGUUGCAUUCAUCUGUGCUUAGUAACCUGUUCCAAUGCACUGAAAAAAAAAUUUGCAAAAAACUCUAGGCUAUAACCCGAGAUCCCCUCUUGGGCUCAAAUUUCACUGAACUUAUUAGCUUUAUUUUGUGUGAAAAUCGCUUGGCUUAUAGAGGAAUGAAUACAGUAACUUCUUACAGUACACUGUACAUGUAUAAUCCCACAAAGUAAGGUGACAGUGGCUCUUAGAGCGCUUUUCUUAAUAUUGUCUGGAAGAAUAUAUUCACUGUAAGGACCUUUAAAUGGACUUUUUAAAGUGCUCAAAACAUUUCAAAUGACUUGUGUUUUUUAAGAAUGCAGAGAGCUCACCCUGAAGAGUACAACUUUGUGCCACAAACCUGGGUUCUGCCAGCAGAGUAUCCUUUGAAAAUAAUUUUAAAAUCGUUUAGUCAGUGUAAUGACAAUAAUAAUUAUAUUAUUGUUAUAGUUAUAUAUGAACCAAAAUUGUAUAAAAUACACAUAUGUAAAACCCCUAUUUUAAAAAGAUGUGAAAUCACAUUCUCUAAAGACAAAAGACUUUGACAUUAAACUUUUUGUAUAACUUACAUGAUAAAAUCUGAAAAAUUGAAAUGAAGCUUUAUCACAAGUGCACAUUUGCCUGAUGGUGCUUUAAUUUAUUAAUGUGUUAUUUCACAAUAUAUGAAUUUUAAUAAGUAUUGCUAAAAAAUUAAUAGAAUAGAAUGUAAAAACUAUUUAUGUAUUUGUUGUUUCUGACAAACAAUCAUGCAGUACCUGCAAUAAAUGUCCCCUCAGGUUUGAAUACUGAUAAGUAAAACACCUUAAUGAGGUUGCACAUUAUAUCAGAUACGCUGCAUUCCAAGGUUACUGUCGCGAACUGAAAAAAAGAAAGAAACAAAAAACAUUCAUUGUUAAGCCAGCUAAUGGUGCCAUGGGAAAUGGGUAAGUUGACAAUAAUUAUUAUUUAUUAUGAAAUAUAUAAUGUAGAAUGCCAGUUAUUUCAUUUACAAUACAGGUGUACUCCAUCCCAUGCAGUAACCCUGCAACUAUUUGACUGCCAGCUCUCUAGUGACUGCAUCAUCCUUAAUUUGUAGGAAAGUCAUGAUUUAAUUUUUUUUUUCACCAUAUACUACUAGUACUGACACACUUGUCUUUCUUUUAACUCUAUAUUUCUUACAAUUUCAGAAUUUCUUUAAUAAAAAUUGGAGAUAGAAUUCCCUCACAUGAGCAGAUAGUCAUUCAAGAAUAUAUUGAAAAGGUAAGGAAAAACAGUUUAAGAAUUAUCUAAUAUAAUAAUUAACUUUACAGCUCAUUCAGUUAGUCGUCCUUAUUAAAUUAAAAUUGUAAGGAGCCAGGCGGCCAAAAUUUGAUUUAUUGAUUACUUUGUGAUAACAAACUUUAUUUUAUUACCUGUUGUACAAGUUGUAAUAAAGGCAACGUACUAGCCUAAUUAUGGGAAGGGUGACUCAAGUAAUAGAUUAUUAUAUAUUAAAAUUUAUUGCUGGUAGUGAUGUCUUAAAGAUGUCAAGUUAAACUAAUUGCAAUAAUUACUGAUAUAUUUUCUAGCCAUUUCUCCUUGAGGGAUUCAAGUUUGACCUUAGAGUCUAUGUCUUAGUGACUUCUUGUGACCCACUGAGAAUCUUUCUUUAUCAUGAUGGACUUGUAAGUACAUUUAAUAUGAGUAAGGUGUAGUUCAAACGUCGAUCUUUUUAUGUACCAAGCCUAAUCCUUUCAAUUAAGUAAAUGAAAAGAUAGACGUUUGACAGAUCUAAUUUGGGUGGAACCCAAGAAUUAAUAUCGAGGGGCCCACAUGGGAAUUUUGCAUGUACAGUGACAUCAUUUCGUUGAAUCAGUUGAACUUCUCAUGUGCCAAACCUAAUGUACAAAUUACUAGAAUUUUCACUUGUAAGCAUUUUAGACCUUUGAACAUUGUGAAAAUGAAUUGAGUCCAACUAAUUAAGUUCAACAUCUGACUCAAACAUUGAACUUAUGUUUGGGUCAAAGUAAAUAGGUACAUGUAUUGUGUUCAGUACAUGAUAAGAUUGACGUUUGAACUGGCCCUAAUUCUUGUAUCAUUUUAUAUACAUGUAACAGCUUUUUGUCGAUCAGUUACUUAUAUCAACAGUGGAUAUGAAUUUUUAAAUUUUUUAGAAGAAUCAGUAAUCUGUACAGUCAGCUCUCUCUAAAAUGGACACCUUAAUUUAGAACUGGCACUCAGUGUCUGUCUCAGAGAGGCAUCAGCAGGGCGUGUGUCCUUUGAGAGGAAGUCGACUGUAUACUUUUUAUAUCCACUUUGAUUCUAACAUAAGAUAUAUAUAACAGUGGAAGUUAGUGGUAGUGCGGAACAUUUAUUUGCAAGCUGCAGUUUACUUUGUUUUUAAGGUUCGCAUGGGAACAGAAGUGUAUGAACCACCCUCAGAUGAAAAUCUGGUAAGACUUAACUUACAGUACAUACAUAUAUGACAUGCAACUUUGUAUAAAUUGCUUUAAUUAAUUUAAUCUUCAAUCUUCAGAAUAUGCAUUGAACACAGUGGAAAUUGAUCUAUAUUUAGAUUUGUUUGCUUCGAUAGGUUUUUGAUAAUUUAGUGUAUUGUUCUUCAGUCCAUUAAUGAUAAAUCUGCUUUAUUAAGUCAUCGGAUACCCAUCAAAAAAUGAAGUGGUACAACAGUCAUCUUUAUAAAGGUUUUUUGUUUGUUCCUUUUCAGGAUGAGCUGUUCAUGCAUCUUACAAACUAUUCAAUUAACAAGCACAACGAAAAUUUUGAUCGGCAUGACAGCAAUGAUAGUGGAAGUAAACGGUGAGAAUAUUUUAGAUUUAUAUGCAUCAUUUGAAAAGAUUCUACUGUCUGGAAGCUUAACUCGCUAAAUUUGUUGAAUUUUUUGAAGGUCCUUAAAAUUUUUAAAUGAGUGGUUACAAUCAAUGGAUUAUGAUGUGAAUUUUUUAUGGCAAAGCAUAACUGUAAGUACAUGUAUUUCAAAGGUUAUUUGUAUUUUCAAAGUAGUUUUCAACGCGGAAUCGUAGGUGGCGAAACUGAGAAUCUUUUUUUUUGUUUUGUAUGUAGGAUGUGCUCGUGAAGACGCUGAUAGUUGCUCAACCCCAUAUUCUCCAUUCAUACCGAAUGUGUCGGCCAGGAAGCCCGCCGGCCAGUGAAAGCGUCUGUUUUGAAAUCCUUGGAUUUGAUAUUUUAUUGGAUAGAAAACUCAGGCCUUGGCUCUUAGAAGUAAGUCAUGAACUUCUUCAAAUCGUUUACAAUUUAACAUUGCGAAGUGUUAGCAGAUAAACGCGUCACACGCUUUGUCAACGUUCGUAUGUACAGGUACGAUGAAGAGCAAAAGGGCUUUUGGGUUAACUUUUCAUUUUUUGAGCCAAUGUAGUUUUUAGUUUCCCUUUCUUAUUGGCAUUAAACUACGUUAAACGAAAGACUUAUUAAUGACAUACCUGUAUUUCCUUCCUGUUAACUUAAAAGAUUGCGCUUACUUUAUACAGUACGUACACUUGCUUUUAGAAAAAGCUGGGGCACUCCACUCUGAGCUUCAAAUUCAUUUGCUGAAAACGCGAAAUUUAUUUGGAAUACUCACGGUGAAAUGGUUCUUUUUUCCUUCUGGUCGUUAUUUUUUCGUUUAGGCAUAUGCCCAGCGAAGACUUUUACCGCCUCGGCCUCCUCCGCAGGCUAGUCUGGCUUUAGUCUGGCUUCCCUGUGGUUUGAAACGGGAAGAGAGGAAACUGGGAUGAAAAGGAGGGAGACUGGAGUGGAGUAGUGCUUGCAGUGCGUUUGUAGUGCGUAGGAUCCUUGCGGAGUUUUUCCGCGUGCGGAGGGGGCUUGACUUUAGGUAGCAGCAUCUGUUUUCGAAAAGGAAGUUUUGGCGCUUCACACACUCGUCUAAUACAAAGUGCAGUGCGAGCUUUUCAAGGUCUUUUAAAAGCUUGGGUUUGUGCAUGGUCAGUUUACUACCCUUUUAGUAGUAAGCAGCAAGGAUGGCACAUAAGGAACAAGGCGGCAGUGAUGACAGCGUGACAAAUUGAGCACCGGAACUCGCGUUCAGUCCUUUCUGCGCGCUUUCCCGUCCUCAACUGACGUGCCCGUUCUGUUACUAAAUCUUUCUAGUUUGUUUAAGUGCGCGGCCUUCUGUGCGCGAGGUCUUAAGUUCGAUCCCCGGUAAUACAUCCUUGUUUAAACUUCUCUCCUUUCUGUGUGGCUUUGACUAGCUUUAAAAGCACUUAAAACAGAGCAUUGAUGGAGAGAGAGGGUAAAAUGAACGCACCGUCGACCCCCAAAAGUGUCAAAGAUACUGUAAUGUCUUUUAUGUUCUGUAGGUCAAUCGUUCACCCAGCUUUGGCAGUGACACCAAACUGGACAGUGAAAUUAAAGGAGGAGUCUUAUUUGACACAUUUAGCUUAUUAAAUAUAAGGUACGAAGUGAUACUUAAGAAAAUCAGUAAGCAAAAAACCCAAAAACAAUACUACUACUACUACUGCUACUGCUACUGCUACUACUACCACUACCACUACUACUACUACUACUACUACUACUACUACUACCACUACCACUACCACUACCACUACCACUACCACUACCACUACCACUACCACUACCACUACCACUACCACUACCACUACCACUACCACUACCACUACCACUACCACUACCACUACCACUACCACUACCACUACCACUACCACUACCACUACCACUACCACUACCACUACCACUACCACUACCACUACCACUACCACUACCACUACUACUAAUGAUAAUAAUAAUAAUAAUAAUAAUAAUAAUAAUAAUUUGAUUAAUCUAGACCAAUUUACGAAGUUUUUCAUUUGCCAAGGGGAUUUUCAACUUUUCGUAUAUCAGUUGCUAAUUGUGGAGUUUUCUUUACUUGCGUCCUGGUUUUCACGUCAGCUUCCGGUAAAUUACGAUAGACGAUUUACCCGAGGGUUUUUUUUAGGAUAAUGAUGUGGAAUGUCCUUUUGUUGAUAACAGGUCAAGCGACAAAAGACGCGGUAUGGCGGCCGAGAAGGCGGAAGCCCAAAAGAGAUUACUAAUGCAACCGAAGAGGAGCGAGUACUCUAUGUCGGUAAGUGAUAAUCAGGAGGAUUAAUUGUGUCAUAUAUGAUUUUAGACGACGAUGACGGCACCGUGUAUAAACAUUGUGAACAAAUUAGCGACUGUGAACUGGCGCCAUAACUUAGCGGUUUGAAAAAUUAUGAGUAGGAUGGACAUGCCUCUUUUGAGCACUUCAUCGUGAUAUGAGAGAACAGUAUUGGUGCACGAUAAUACUCCGCUUAACUCUUAUGAAACUGGAUAUAAGUGAGAUUUUAAAACGAAAGUAGCCCUGAUAUUGUAGUCAUAAGAGUGUGAAAACAUGAAUUGAUAUCAAUGAUCGUGCGAUUCUUCCUUAGGAACUGGAGAAGAAAAAACUGAUUUUGAACAAAAGGCGAACUGAACUGGUAAGUGUCAUCAGGAAGGAAGGCAUCGACGGAAUGGUAGAGCCGAUUAAGAAACGUGAGAAAAUAAUCCAAAUGUAUUAUUUUGUAGUUUCUGUCUUCUAACCGUAUAUUACAACAGAAGGGCUGGUUGAAUUGAGAUAACUAUGUAUCGAUGCUAAAAAAUGUUUAUGUUUAUCGUGUUGUCUUUUUGCAGAAAGACCGGCUUACUCAUCUGAGAAGAGAGGCUGCGAGAGAAGAGUUUGAGAACAUGAACAUGGUAAAUAAAAACAAGAUACUAAUAAUACUUUGUCACCCAAAGAGUGGUCAGCAUUGUUGGAUAGCUCAAUCCUACUCAUGAAUAAUGUCUGUCUGAUCAAGAGGACAGUUAAUCCUCAGUAGCCGAGACAUCCAAUUUGAAUUUUCUGACAUGACCACCAUAACUGCUCCAAGACAAUUUCACGUUUCUUUCAGUUACCCAAUCUUUCCUCGAAGUUGGGUAAGGACUGGAGAGUAAUACUGCGUUUUUAUAUAUUUUGGUUCUGCAGGGGAAUUUUCGAAGAAUAUAUCCUCCAGACGAUCAAACAAGAAAGGAGAAGUGUAGUGGACUUUUAGCUGAUGCAUUUAAGCUUUUUUUAUCCGGUGAGACGUGACACAGUUUAUAUAUUGCCAUUGUCGUCAUCAUCAUCUCUAUCAUCAUCAUCAUCAUCAUCUCUAUCAUCAUCAUCAUCAUCAUCAUCAUCAUCAUCAUCAUCAUCAUCAUCAUCAUCAUCUCUAUCAUCAACAUCAUCAUCAUCAUCAUCAUCAUCAUUAGACUGAUGGUUUUCGGACUUUGCGACCUUGACUUCAAAUGGUUCCUCCAAAGGCACAAUUAUUUUAUUUUCCAGUCAAAAGGCAUAACAAGUAACUAGAAGCUAAUAAGUAUACUGUGUAUAAAAAUGACCGGAAAUGGUUAAAACGGGUCUUUAUGAAGUUAUUUUUUAAGUCGGUAAAGUCGUUUAGUCAACAAAUCUAGUGGUAAAGACUAAAAUUAAGUGGUAAACUCCGAUUUUUACCAAUUCUGCGAGUUAUCUAGAUACCAUUUAAGAGUUUCGCAGCUCAUGACUUACCACAGACCUUUUUAUUUCUUCUUUUUUUCGAGCGAUUGCAAACGCCUCGAUAUGUGCUACAUUGAACGGUACUUGCGAAGGAAAAAUUUUGCGAAGAAUUUAAAAGGUGCGUUUUCAAACGCAAAUCGAAAUACGAAAGGCUGUAUUCAAUCGCUUAACGUGAAAUUCUCGUCAGAGGUAGUUAUUAGUAAUAUCUAACUGUCUUUUAAAUUAGAAAUGAUAAUAUUUAUCUUUAUAAUUUUUUUUCGAAUUUUUUUUCUGAGUACCCCUUUUACCUACCGGGUCCCGUAGUCCACUUAAUUACGCUUCAGAUAGAAAUAUUAAAAUAUUUGGAGAACAUUUUGACGAGAGAGCAGCGAAUUGGAAAGGCGAUAACGUUCAACAAAGUCAAUGAUGUAGCUCGAGUUUGGUAGUGUUUCGUAAAAACCACGAGCCGGGAGAUCCAUAUUUAUGAACGAUGAGGUCGCAUUUUCCACGGAAGUUGCGCUGGAUUCUAAAGGUCUCUACGUCCAAAUAUUUUCAAGUUUGUCGUAUUUUGAGGACAUAACUGAUCUCAGAGAGGUGUGAGGCUUCUGAGGUAAGUUACGUUUCAUGUUACUUUGGGGAGACCGGUAUCGGAAACAACAACAAAAAAAAUUAAUGCACCCCUUAGGUUGAAAAGUUGGAGCGUAAGUUUUGUUACCGCUUUUUGCGUUCUCAAAGGUAAACUACAAUACAUCGAUAAAACCCAACAACUUGCAAUGAUGCAUCAUGUUUGAAACCGAGGUACAGUGGCAACCGUUUGUAAGGUACAAGAAUGUUGUGCAAAACUCUCUUGAACCCCCUUAAAUAGACCAAAAUGGGUGUGGCUCAGACUAUGCUUCUCCCCUAAAAUAGCCGAUUCUUAAAAAGGCAACCAGUUCCAGGGACCACUUAAUACUGGAGCUGAUGUGAUCUAUAUUGCAUCUAUAUUGCGCGAAGUUGUAUGAAAUUAUAUACUGCCGGUAACACAAUAUGAGCGCGUUUAAAGUAAUUUUCUUUAAUAAGUGGAGAAUUUUGUAUGUUUAAAAACAUUAGAUUUCCAUCCUGACCACCCUAAGUGAGACUAAAGUCAGCAAUUUACACUCCCAAUGGAAACUAGGGUUAAUAACAGAUAAAUUUACGUGCUGGUCAUAUUCGUUGGUUUAGUGCUUUUCACAUCUUCAGAUCUUCACGACACCUGCAGCUAAUUAAAUUAAGUAUCAAAUAGUACUUGGCGGGGGAGCCAGUGACUAGCGUUUUCAUACGAACUGCAACUAGAAAUUAAAAAAUAUAUACAUUCUAUCUAUGUGUGCGUGUAUACUUAUCAAUCACAGAACGUGAUAAGAAUGUAGUAGGGAUAUCAAUGAUAAACUCCUGACUGCGGCUAUAGUUUUUCCCUUUUUCACGUUUUGAAGGUCAUCAUCUGUAAUCUACUCCAUAACAGAGGCACGGCAAAAUGGCUAAUCAACGAAUUUUACGGAGUAUUUUUUAAAAAGGUGGGCGAAAACAAUGUUGUAAACACGAUGGAAACACAAUGUACGCUGUAAUUUUUUUCCCUGGCCGUUGUAUUUUUGUAAUUUUUGGACACUUUUGAUAACGUGCUGCAUUCAAUAAAAAAACCGGAAGUGCAAGGACAUUUCCCAGCGUGCAUUGUGACGCUGCUUUCAUUCCACGCUGUCGACCAUGUUUUUUGUUGGACACAAAUGCAAGUGAAGGUAAUUGUAAAGUCCUUUAGAUCUGGCUUUUUCAAUCGUACAAUCUUAGUGCUUUUGUUGAAGUAUUGAUCGUACAAGAUCUAUUAUCCGUUUCCUCCGCGUUCAGCACACUUCUUACCCUGUUUUCUGCUGUUUUAGUAUUAAGUUCUCGACUCCUGCGAGUGAGACAUCAAGUCACAAGUGGGCAAUGAAUCCAAAUAGUAGAUACAACGGACCGAAUAUCUUACUUGAGCUCAAACAAGCCCGCGCAGAUUUUCGUCAGGCUUGCCAGGGAGAAGAGCAAUUAAAAAAAUCACAGGUAAGCUUAUAAAGAAACAAUGAUUAUUUUUGUGAAGCAGAGUGAAAUCGUAACGAUUUGAACGAGAGAACUUUCGAAGAAUAUUUAUAUUAAGCAUAGAUGCUAUAAUAGUAUCUUGUAGAAUUCAUAUUUGGUAUAGAACAACAAUAAUCUUUUGUACAUGUAUUUAAGCGACAGAGUACAACGAUGAGACAAAACUGAGCAAUUUCUGCCAAUGAUUGUCAUUUUGCCGAUUAUUGAAAAAGAUUAUGUCACAUUUUCUUCGAUUUCUUUUUCUAGUUUCAUAAUUUCGUUUUUAAUUAUUUUUAUUCUAAGAAUAUUAAAGUACACAGGAAGCAGAAAUAUUUCUUCAUUCAAAUUGUGUUUAUAGGAACACUGUCAUAAACUUGAUCAUGUCUCUGAAUAUUGUAUUUUGUAAGGUUUCACUGUAGCACCUGUAAGAACGAUAAACAAUUACCGAGGAUUAGUUUCAAACCUCUUUUCUUCCAUUUGCAACCUUUAUACAGCACCAGUUUCACUUACUUGAACAAUGCUUAUAGAAUGUAACUUACAGUUACCAUUAAUAUCAUUAUUAUUAUUAUUAUUAUUAUUAUUGUUAUUGUUAAUGUUACAAUUAUGUAGGAGCAUCUAAUUUAUCAGAGCUUGUUUGAAUGAAGCCCUGACAUUGUUAAGUUUUCUUCAUGAGUGACCAGCUGUAGAUACCUUGUUAGAAGCCCCUUGUGGAAGGGACGGGAGGGGAGGGGGGUUACUUGGGAUAAUCUUUGUCGGGUCUCUGCCACCACUAGCCUCUCAGAACCCCUACCCCAUUACAGUGGCCAUAUUAUAGACCCCAUCUUAGUCACUUUAGAAAAAACGUGAUCCCAACUUAGUGACUGUCUGUUUAUGCAUCUACCUUAUAACACCUUUUGAGCAGGUCAUCCAUAAAUUAACUGACAUGUUUGUUAAAUUUAAUGUGGUGUAAAUCUUCCUAAUACCUAAUUUUUCUGACCCCCAAAAUCCUGAAAACGUGCGACCCCAUUCUAUAACUCUUAAAUAAAAGAAAUAUAAAAGUCAAUCCAGUCGUGAAAAUACGACCCCAUCCAGCAGCACGUACCUGUUAGCGUACUUCUAGGAAGUAAACCCCCUCCCCUCCCCUCCCCUCCCCCCGGGCUGGAAGUCUGUUUAGCCUCUAAGGUUUUUUUUGUAAGGGCAAAAAACGAUAGAGGGUUUCCCCUGAGGGAACUCAAGUGAAGCGAAUAUUAUAGGGACAUGUAUAAAACUUAUAUUUAUGGAUCAGACAUGAAGCAGGGGUAAUUCGGUUUCAUAAACUUUUAACUGUAAGCUACAUCUCUUUGCUGAACUCUUAGUUUGUAGUAUCCUGCAUUGCAUGUCGUAAUUGAAUUGAUGUCUCGUCACAGAAAUGACAGAGUAAGCUGAGCUGACUAGCAUAUCCCUGUAGGAUAACAAGUAAAAACAUUAAUUUGUAACUAUUUUAUAUUAGAAAAUGAGAACUCAACAUCCAUUUUAAUGUGUAUAAAUAAUAAAAAAUUGCUUCACUUUUUUAGGCUGAGAGACACAUUUGGGCUCUCAAAGGACUGUACAAAGUAGUAACCAAAAGCAAUCCGCCGGACACUGAAAACGAGAGUGAAUUAUCGGGCCUGGAGCAAACGGAAGAAGAGACAACAAAGCAAGCGAAAGCCUUCAUAAAAGAAACAAAACUAAGAAGAUCUGAGAAUAGUUCUGGUUCUCGAUCAAUAAGCAGGAAAAGAAAAUUGCCCCAAAGUCACUCAAGAUCAAGGACCCCAAAAAUGAGCAAGGAAGAUAAUACAGACAACAGUCAAUCGGAAUCUUCAGAAAGUACAGAAAGCAACGACGAGGAAGAUGAAGAGAAGGAUGCGAAACCAAAUAAAAGAAACAAAUUUCGUUGCCCUCUUCGCGGCUGUGGCUCCAAAGUAUAUAAGCUCCCUCGUCAUUUAAAGAAUGUGCAUGGCUGGAGUGCCGAAAGAGCCAGAAAUGCUGUUAAUCAAUUUGACAUGCGCCACGACCAACGAAACUCGAAGAAGCCAAAAGAAGUGAGGAAUAAGAGAAGGAGAAAAGUCUGUUGCGAGUGUGGGCGCAAGCAAAGGUAUCUAUCAAAACACUUACAGAAGCAGCACGGGUACAUACAAGGCACAAAGAGGUAUUGGAAGGCUCUUAAAGAAUCCCGGCCUGUCUAUCAGUCCAGUGCUUCUUUCGCUCAGAAUUUUGUCGAGAUAGAAGGUGACUCACCAGGUGAAGAAGCUACUGAAAAAAGUAACCAGUUCAAGGAGAGUAAAAAAAAUGCUGCACCUAGAGGACAUAUGAAUGACGACACAGGGACCUUGGGGGCAACCAGUUCAACUUCGACUGUAGACAAAGUGAUUGUUGUAGAAUCGGCAAGUGAUGGUGAAGACGACCUUGAAUAUUUAGAGGAGUGUGCAGAAAGCGAUGAUGCUGUGGAGGUCCAAACUGAAGCUUGUGAUCAACAAAGUAAAAGAGUAUUCGAAGCGUUCGGGAAAUGGAUCCUUAGCCCCGAUGGGGGCGAAAAAGAUGCAAGGCCAGCUGCGCUAGUGGUGCGACAAGUGGAGACAAUACUGUCGAUAAUAGGAACACAAACCGUUGAAAGCUUGUUUGACAAGGCUCUAAUUCGCGACAAGUUUUAUCCAGAGUCGAGAGCGUCGCACAAGGCAGCAACCACAAUCAGUUAUCUUCAUUCUUUGCGCAAGUUUUAUACGUUCGCUACAACCGAGGAUGACAUCGGGCUUCCCAGAGGAUGUGAAAAAAAACGGCAGACGCCCUCUUUAAAAAAAUGUGGGCAGUGGUGUAAAAGUCUUCGUAAAGAGGUUAAAGAGAGAUUUUGGGAGAAACAAGAAGAAGAUCUUGCACGUCUUAUUACCCCAGAAAAAGUUCAAGAGUUUGCUAAGUCAGAGUUUGCUCGUAAUCAAGUCAAGGUCAUUGGCGAUUUGAUAGACGAAGGCCAGAAUUCUACACCUCUAGGCCAAAUUGAGUACUGUGAUUUGAGAAACUUCUUGUUCAUACACCUGCUUUCCCAGAAUGGGCAUAGAAGCGGUGUCAUAACGAACAGUACUCUAGAUGAGUACAAGGAAAUAAGCUGUGUCGAUGAAACAUACAUGAUAUCUGUUAAAGAUCAUAAAACAUACAGUCAGCAUGGCCCAGCAAAUCUCUGCUUCGAUGAAAGCCUCAAAGGUUGGUUGGACAUUUACGUCGAGCACGCAAGGCAGCAAGUUGUGAAGGGCGGUGGAUCCACUUGCUUGUUCUUAAACUGGAAAGGAGCGAAGAUGCAGAGCAGCGAUCUGUCAUCAGCUAUGACAAGCGCCUGGCGAAAGGGUGGUAUGAUUGAUAAGGAAACACGUAUCUCAGGAACACUAAUGAGGAAGUCAUGCACAACAGCAAUUCGACAGUACAAUAAAGAGGUCAAGGGUAAUGUCGCCGCACAUAUGGCACACACUGAACGAACUGCAGAUAAGCACUAUCAUCUCGUGCAAAAGCGCACAAACUCCGCUUUUGCUGCUAGGCAAUUGACGGCCGUAAUGCAUGGUAGGCCGAGUUCUCCUUCUGUACCAUCACGUAGCAAAAAUGAUGACAUCGAGCAACCUAGUAUGAGAAAAGAUGAUUUUGAUUCACCUCCUGAAGGAAAAGAUGAUGGUGAUCUUGAUGCGGUACCUGUACCUCCGGUCCGCCAGACCUGGACAAAGGAGGAGGAAAGAGCAAUAAAAGAAACCUUCGCAGAUAAUAUCAGCCGCCAAUCAAUUACGUUACGGGAAGUCCUUGCUCUUAAGCGCACAAAUCCACUGCUCGUAGACUGUGAAAACAAAAGACUGUUGGACAAAGUGAGAGGAUUGUACAGGUUCAAGAAAUCUCAGGGUUCUCUUUUUGAAGACGUGGAGGCCAGUGAUUGUAAUGACAAUGCGAGCGACUCGAACUCAAUUAUAAGUCCGACUACAACUCAAGGAAAAUCGAGAGUUUUUGAAGAAGAGGAGGUGAUGGUCCUUUCAAAACUUUUUAAGGACUUGAUUCAAGGCAGUCAAAAGAUUGAAUCAAAAGAUGUUGUACAGCGAUUAAACGAGACCGGCCAUGAAGACAUCAUACAAAAAUAUUCUAAGCAGAAAGUUACUGACAAGAUCAGAGGUCUUCGUGCAACUCACAUCAGGCAGUGGAGAAAGUAAAGGAGAGCAUUCCUGAUUUCAUGGUGGACGAUCCGAAAAAAAUAAAUUAAAGAAAAACUUAUUUUAAUAAUUGAAAGACAGCAGUUGUCUCGAACAAAAUGCUUUAGUUUUCUGUGUCUUCUUGGUUUUUUUUUUUGCGGAACAUCUGCAUGAAAUUUAUUUCUGCCAUGUUACUACUUCAAAACCACCAAAACCUACCACUUCCUACCACUUCCGAAGUUCCCUGGACCUUUGUAUCAGAACGAGGGUAAGUGCUCAGCCACU